AUGCUAAUUGCCCAGUUGUUUCAGAAUCCUGGGUUGCUACGUCAUCUGCCAUUUCUUUGUUCCCGCCGUUUAUUCUCCGCUUCGCCGAUUGACGUGUUCAGCUUCGGCUACUCUGGCCGUACGGUAACCUUCGAAUUCCGUGGCGUCCCUUCGCUUUGUAAGAAGCGGUUGGGCACAACGGAUUACGUGUCCAACAAGAAGAUUGUAGAAGCCGCCGUGUCUGCAGUGCCAACAUGCGACUUGGUCGCUUUAGGUGUUGGUUCUCCUGAGUUGGACGUCAUCAGGCGUUACCUUGUGUUCGAAGAGUCCAAACAAUCCAAGAAUGCCAGUGUGCGUAAAUUCAAAGGCGCACGUCACCUGUUGAAUGGCUAUAGGCAGCACAUCCACGUGGUCACCGGUGCUGAUGCCGCUGGAAUUAAGGUCGUUGCCAUCGGCCGCAGCAAACGCUCGGAAGCUAUUAGUUUCGGCGAGGCUGCCACCGGUCACAAGUUUGAGUUACUGAGACUGUUAUCGCUAUAUCUGCGCAAGGGUGACGUGUUGAAAGUGCCCGAAAUCCGAGAGGACUUCAAGUUGGCUGCCCCGGCCAUAUACCAAGCGGUUGUAACCGAGGGCGCCGUCUACUGCCUUUGCCGUUUGCACGAGAGCAUUUACAAUAUCGACACUAUCACGUUGAGCCGUAGAAGGAAUGUGAAAGUCCUCGUGGUCGUGGACGAUUGGCUGGUGCGUGAGUUGGCGCACAUGGUGCGCAGAAAGCUGCCACAGCUCAUUGGGGAAAAUGCCCCCCCUGCAAGGGAAACGCUGGAAAACAUUGACAACCGCAGCAGCGCGGGUUGGAGGCGCUUUCUACUCCGCUUUGUUGUGCUUCCUCUGAUAGUUGUAGUCGGCACGGUGGGAUAUAAACUCUGCGUGCUGCUCGGCGCCCCCUUUAUGGACUGCGUUGCCCGUUUGAGCGGGCGAACAGCUUUGGGCAUUAGCGCAAGCCCCGAAAUGCAGCUCGGCAGCUCCAAGGCGCAAUCAUCUAACACAUCGAGGGACUGA